UUUUUGAACCGCCCGUACUGAGUGGUUGAUGGCACUGGUCACGUGGUAACUCAGACCAUUCCCCUUGUCAGCGUCCGGCAUGGCACAACAAUCAGUCGGCUCAAAUACAUACACGUGACGUGGCGUGCAAAGGGGUUUUUCUCUUGAUGACCAAGUGUUGCUUUCAGCCCAAGCUGUUGCCCGACCAGAAUCUUGUUCUGGUAUUCACAUCACUCCUCUUUUAACAAUAUCGACAUUCGCUAUCUACCUCAUUGGAAGCCAUUGCACUUCCUCGAGGCUAUCAAACUAAACUUCACCCAUAUCAGAUCAAUCCAAAGUCAUGAUUCAUUUCUUCGCCAUGAUUUCCAACAUGCUCACCAUCUCUACCGUACUCGCUCGUGGACUGGCAGCCGAAACCGAGAUGUGUGGUCGGUACGACAAGCUGAUAGGAAAAUCAUUGCCAUAUACAUUUGCUUCGAACCAAUGGGGGGAUGAUGGUUCAGGUUCACAAUGUAUCAAGAUCGCCAAUGACGAGACCACUUUCAGCGCAACUUGGAUCUGGAGUAAUAACUCCCAUUUAGUACACUCGUUUCCCAACAUCAAAUUGGACUCAAAUUUGCUCCCAUUGCAACUUUCCAGCCUCUCUUCCCUGAAAAUCAAAGCCUCGUGGGCAAUGGCUCCAGCUUCCAGCUCCAAAUCUCUGGAGGCCAUCGAUGCUGCAGCAAACGUUAUGAUCGAUCUAUUUCUGGAUUCCAACCCAGUUUCAGCAAACAGCACGACCUUGCCGAAGUAUGAGAUCAUGAUCUGGUUAGCGGACUUUGGCGGCAAGAAGCCUAUUGGAUUCAGCUCAUCCAUCAAAAAUCCACCCCGGUACAAACUGAGAAACAAUACAUUCACCCUCUACUCCGGAAAUAACAGUAACGGCCAAUAUGUUUACGGCUGGCUAGCUUCAACCAACAUUACCGACUUCGACGAGGACAUCUCACCACUGCUUCACUAUCUCUGGCGGCACAAGUUGAUUGACGACUCCAACUAUCUCGGCAUUGUCCAAUUUGGGAGUGAGGCUUUUCAUGCAAAGGCCGAAGUUGUCUUUUCUGCCCAGGACUACAAACUUAGUAUUGCGGGCGGAACACCCUCCCCAGAACCAUCUGGAGAUGUAUCGGCCGCAUCGCUGUGUACCCCAGAUAUCUCUCUCGGUAUUAUUGGUGCGGUUGUCCCACUACUAGCAGUCAUCUAGGAUACGUAGUCGUCCGAUGUUCGCAAGGGAGGUGGAUCCAUUGUCAAUUUGGAUGACGUUUCGUUCUGGAUACUUUCACUUUUCAUGGGUUUGCAAAGAGGCUUUGGUUUGGCUGCAAACAAAACUCUGUAUUUGAAAUUGCUAUGAUUCUAAUGUACUGGUUGGGGAGACAGUUUGUUCAAGUCACUAGUUUCAAUAAUACUCUUCCCCCCCCUAAACAAACGUUAAACCUCAUGAAAACUGGACCUCGUGUGGUUAGUCAGCUAGGGUGUUAAUCCAAUGAUUUUGCUGAUUCUUAGCCUGAAGCAGGGCUUCAAGUGUAUCUCGAACCUUCUACAGCCACCCUUGUGUUUACAAUUGACCAGAAUCUGGCUCGUGCUUUAAGCCUGUCUAGGGGAAUUAACCAGUCAAGAAAGGCCUACCAGGACUUCAGCCCAUAAAAAUCCACGUUUA